AUGUGGCACAUGCUCAUGUCUGAAUUCCCUGAUAUAUAAAGCUGCAUUUCAUGGUGUUAUCCACACAUUAUGUGACUGCGGUGUAUGAUUGCGCAGUGGAUAAUGGCACGGGGUUGGUCACUCACUGGGAACAGGGUGGAUCUUAGGACCCAUGGCUCCGUUUCUUGUCGAAUAAUAAAAGUUGGGGUUAUCCGUGAGCAGUCGACGUGCAAACAAAGCGCACACACAAAGUGUGUGUGCACAUUGCAGUGGUGCAACAACAGCCAGCUGCGGGGCUGUGCGCGUACGUUCAGCCGCUGGGUGGCUGGCGCGCAGUAAACAACAGAGGGUAGUGUUGGCUGCUCUGUCCGCGUUAUUUUUUUAUUUAUUUCUUUUUUUUCCGGAAGAGAGGGUGUGAAACAUGGGACACAUCUCAGGUCAGCAGCUGAUCCUUCCACACAUCUUCGCACAGUGAAGGAAGCCUCUCUGCUCCGUUAACAACCGGCUGUGAGUGGAGUGAAUCAAACAGGCACCGUGCGUCCAAACGGGACAUCCCUCUUGGAUCCCUUUGACUGGAACGCCUGAAGGGGCUCAAACAACGCCCGAGCGACUCGUCUGGCUCUGGAGGGACCCUGAACAUUGCGACCACAGGCUGGCCCAGGUCACGUUGAUGCUGGUGGCUGCUCCCCAGUACUCCUCCUCCCGCCACCUGCUCCUGCGCCGCUCCCACCUCCCCGCCUGCCAUGGCUAUGAGCAGUGACCCAGGCUGCGAGAGGCUGGACCCCGACUCUGACAAACAGACCGGCAGUCUCACAGACACAAUGGCUGCCAUGACCACAAAAGACUCGGACGGCUCAACCGCCAACGGCGUGAGGAACGGGGCGGCUCAGAAGGACGGGGCUCAAGCCAAGAGGACUCCUCCGGUGCGGCCUCACCUGACCGGGAGGAAGUUGUCGCUGCAGGAGAGAGGCACUUACCUGUCGUCAGGUUCUGGAGGAGGAUACACGCACGUAUCCCCUCGUGUGGCUCGGAGGCCCACCGUGGAGUCUAAACGUGUGUCCAUAUCGGACUCUCAGGACUGUAUCCAGUUGAACCAGUAUAAGCUGAAGAGUGAGAUUGGAAAGGGCUCCUACGGGGUGGUCAAACUCGCCUACAAUGAGGACGAUGACAAACAUUAUGCUAUGAAGGUGGUGUCCAAGAAGAAGUUAAUGAAGCAGUGUGGUUUUCCACGUCGUCCACCCCCAAGAGGACCCAAGGCAGCCCAAGGAGAGCAGCCCAAAAUCUUAGGACCCCUGGAGAGGGUCUACCAAGAGAUUGCCAUCCUUAAAAAACUGGACCAUAUCAACAUUGUGAAGCUGGUGGAGGUGCUGGAUGAUCCAGCGGAGGACAACCUUCACAUGGUGUUUGAGCUGAUGCGUAAGGGUCCGGUGAUGGAAGUGCCGACAGACAGUCCUUUGUCAGAAGAGCAGGCGAGGUUAUACUUCAGAGACGUCAUCCUGGGCAUAGAGUACUUGCACUACCAAAAAAUCGUCCACCGGGACAUCAAGCCGUCUAACUUGUUACUCGGGGACGAUGGCCACGUGAAGAUAGCGGACUUCGGGGUCAGCAACCAAUUUGAGGGCAACGAUGCUCUGCUGUCCAGCACUGCUGGCACUCCCGCAUUCAUGGCACCCGAGACUCUCUCAGACACACGAAAGAGCUUCAGCGGGAAAGCGCUGGAUGUGUGGGCCAUGGGAGUUACCCUCUACUGUUUCGUCUUCGGGAAGUGCCCAUUUAUUGACGAGUACAUAUUGGCUUUGCACAAUAAGAUAAGGACCAAGCCUGUGGACUUCCCAGAAACACCAAAGAUCAGUGAAGAGCUGCAGACUCUGAUCUUGCGGAUGCUGGACAAGAACCCCGACAACAGGAUCACCAUCCCUGAGAUCAAGAUGGACCAGUGGGUGACCCAGGGAGGCACUGACCCCUUGCCUCUGGAGGAGGAGCACUGCUCUGCGGUGGAGGUGACAGAGGAGGAUAUCCAGAACUCAGUCAAGUUCGUUCCCAGCCUGUCCGCGGUGAUCUUGGUAAGAGCCAUGCUGAGGAAGCGCUCCUUCAGUAAUCCCUUUGAGUGUCCGAGCAGGAGAGAGGAGAGGUCCAUGUCUGCACCUGGCAGCCUGCUCAUAAAGAGCAGCACAGGAGACGGACCCAGAGAGGGAGAGCUGGAGGACCUGCAUGAAGACGAGCCCUCCUCUUGAGCCUCAAUGACGUCCCACGUCAACAGAGCUUCAUCCCCUUCACGUCCCUUUGCUUGAAUCACUGUGUGCUCACCCCUUUCGUCCACACGUUCCCUUUGUAUCAACACUGAAGAAACUCGAGGUUUCAAAUCUGAUAUAUCGGCUUGCGUUAACAUUCAGACUUGUAUGCACAGACUCGCUUUCGUUUUCCUUCUCCAGUCUUGGGCACUUUGAUCUACAAUGUUGCUUGUCUUAAGUACUUUUAACCACAUACCGUACGGUUGGGACUGGCAUCAGUGAACCAGUAAGAAGAUAAACUUCGCUGAAUUUCCGGAUCAUUAACAGUUGAAAUUACCGUGGUGGUUUGUUGUCAGCUGGCGUUACACUGCAAUGUGGGAAAAAAACUGUCAAACUCUGAUUUUUUUUUUUUAACCCGCCUGCAUGAUGAAUAGUUAGGCCUCAUCAUCAGACUGUAUAGCCACCUGUUACAGUCAUUGCCAGCCUGACGAAGAGAAACUCCUCUUCAAUAAUCGUUACCGGACUUCAGCAUGUAAAUGACACCACAUUGUCUGUUCAGUGAACUACAGGGCUUUUUCUUUAUGAUAUGAUAUUUAUGAUUUUAAUAUUGUACAUAGAUAUCUUGACGUGUCGUCAGUGUUAUCGUCCCACGGCCUUUUUCCUGUAUAUGUGCCAUCAGUAGGUCGAAGUCUUUCCUGUGCUGCCUUCAGGGUGGUCGCACAGAGAAGACAGCGACUCUGCUGCACUUCAACACAUUUGUUCCAAGCGACUUUUGCCAUUGUGUGAUGUGUAAUUAUGUUUGUGUUAGGCGUCAUUUCACGCUUCUUCUACCACUGUUAUGUCGUUUUGACUUCCCGUUCUCUAACAUUGUCUCUUUCCUUUCGAUAUGAUGAAGUGUGAACAGACUGAAAAAAAGAUAUAUAUAUAUAUAUAUCUUAUAUCAAAUUCUUGAAUGCAGAGCUAAUUUAAAGGCAUAAAUAAUCUCAUUGUGUAAAUUGAAUCUACUUUAAGUUAUCCAUGCUAAGGGACUGUACACAAAUUAUUAGGGCUCAGAAAAGUUUGAGGGUUGUGCUGAGAGGAGAGUAGUAGUAGUAGUAGUAAGUUAUAUUUUAGUAUUUCUUUCCGGGAUUAUUUAAAAAAAGGAGAAUCGGAUAGUCACAAAUUAAUUGUUAUGGUGUGCACAUUGGGUCAUAAAGGUGUGCUUUUUUCAUAUGCAAAGACAAGGGCUGUUUCAGGGAUUUAUUUUUCCACAUGCCGCUAAAUUUUAUCCCUACCAAAACUAACUUUCUUAUGCAUCGUAACAGAAAAAUUCAUUUCAUUAUUUGAAUUUUUCAUUACGCUAAAAGUGCACAUCUGUUAUUCUAUCUAUUUUAUAAAUAUAUGCAUGUAUAAAUAAAAUACAAAUUAGAUUACAUUUCAGCUGGGAUUAUAUCACAUGAAACUCAAUAUUUUGGGAUAUUCAGGGAAUUGUUUUUUUUUUUAGGUUUGGGUCCAAAUAAAAUUGUAAAUAAACACUAGGAAGGGUUGUGCAAUUGUAAGAGCUGAAAUGUGACAUUUCACCCCGCCUCAGUGAGUUUUAUUCAGUCCCUCUGGGUAGGCUGGCACCCUAAUCUUGUGAGAUCACAAAAGUUGGGAUCAUGGAUGACUGGAAAAGUUAUUUAUUUUGUGAUUUGGGGCCUUUGUUGCCUUUCAAGGCAGUUGGAUAACUUAGAAAAAAAAAGCCACAUGUGUGGGUUGUUUUGUCUCCAUUGAUUCAAAUCAAUGAGAACAUUUCUGCCUCCACAGCAGCUCUGCCUCAGAUGGAUGUUUAUAUAACUCCAUAUAUAACUCCUUGUUUUGUCCUCUCAGGCCUGGUGCGUUGCUCCGUGCUAGAAAGCAUUUUUGGCUGGCAGAGUGCUCUGAUCACUUGAACCGCAGUGAAAAAGGAGCAUUUCAAUGUCACGACUAGGCCCAGGCUGCCAACAACAACACUUCCCCAUCCACUUCAAUUGGCGUCCCCAGCGUGGCUGAUUAAAAUCGGAGGAUGCUUUGCAUUCCCUCCGUUAAUCUUGCCCUCGGUAUCCUUCGGUGAAGGAUGCUGAACUGAAGCUCUGAGAACGGAGAGGGAUUUUAGUUCUUUCCUGCUUCAUGCGUAAAAAUCAUGGUUAAAAUAUUAUCAUGAAAAUAUCUUUUUAUGUUAUUGCUCAGUAAAUGUCGUAGAAGAUACAUGAAUAUCUUAAUGUCUAACAGUUUGAAAUGUGAAAUGAGCGGCUGUGGUCGUGUGUUUCUUCAGUUUUUGUUCCUUCUCUCUGCUGAGGUUAACCUUCAAUGAAGGGCUGUUUGAACCAAAAAGUAUGAAACGCUAUGUUAAUAUUUUAUUUGCUAAAGAAACAGUUAAACACUUUUUUUUUUAACUAAUUUGUUGCCAGCUUUACACGUGUGUGUUUGUACAUUUGUCAGAGGUGCAAUAUCGAUGUCGUCUUUCUCACUGGUGCGUUGUUGGCUCAUUCCCCGCUCAUCCUAAUGUCUGUCUGAGUUGUCCUUGUUGAAAAGCCUAAAUUUAUUGUGAUUGUAUGUAACACUACUGGUUCCUGCCAGCCAUUUAAGGUUGUACAGUUUAAGAUCAAGGAGAAAAACAGUGUCUCACCUGUAAAAGACCAUAUUUACUGUGUACCCGUAUGUCCUCAGUCUCCUGUGCUCUUUGAAGCAUUGCUCUUUGAUAUCGAUCUGCAUGUAAACAGUUUUACAAAUGAAACCUAAAAUGUUCCCAUUUUCUACUAACUCUAACUUACUCUCUUGUCUGUGUCAGAAUGCUGUAACGGCUGCAGUAACAGGAUUUCAAGUAGUUGUUUUUCUUGUGCAUAUUCAUGUAAUAACUGAAGAAUUGUGAUUGUUGUACAACUGGGGAAAUGGACUCUGCAAUUGGAUUUCACUGCAGAGAUGCUGCAUGAUGUUAAAACACUGUAGAUCCCAUUACACGAGCGGUGCUCGGAGCACGGGAGCGGCUUGAAAUAGCAGCUUUGGUGUUCGAGAUCUUCUCUAGAGACACGGUGAUGGAUGAUCACUAGCUGCCCUUGAAGAUGAAACAUUUAACCCUCCAAUUAUAGGACAGUCUCUUCAUGCAGGCCAGCCAGCACUUUCUCAACAGUAAAUAGCUUUUUUUUAAUAGCAGUUAUUGCCUCUGCAGAGGUUAUGUUUUCUGUUGCUCUGUUAGUCUGAAGCAUAUGCACAGCUUCAGGACAGAAAAUAAGACGUCAGGCUCAAGAAGAACUGCCUUUGGUGCAGAUUAUAUUACCAUGUGGCCACUUAGAAAGCCCUUGACAGUGUGUUUUCAUGUUAUAAUUCCUAAACUGAUUUCUGUUUUCUGAUUUCUUAGUUUUUCAAGUUGUGGCAAUCAAUUAAUAUCACUUUAUUUUAGACAUAAUCACUCCUGAAAUUGUUGCCAAUCUUCCCUAAAUUUGGCACAUUCAAAACUUUAUAACUCUUAAAUGCAACGAGCAAUUACAACUCAUUUUAAAUCCUGUCUGUGCAUCAGUUCUGAUUGAGUCUUUAAUACAUUUUAAUUUAAUUUUCCCUUACACUGGUACUACAGCACAUGAUGCAUUUAAAUGGCCAUAACCUGGUAGUCACUGUUGCAGUUCUGCACAAUUCAGACUUAAUAUAUUCUCCAAAAGUCAGCACAUUAUUUUGAUGCAGAUAUGGAUCCUGAUAAAUAUUAAAUACUGUUUUAAAAAUAUCCGAUUCAUCGGGUCGGCGUUGGCAGAGGUUAGCCGAGUGUUACUGUGAUGAAACACAGGAGGAAAAUCAAUAGGUGCACAGGAUGUGAGCGCUUUUUGAGGACCUUUUAUUUAUUUAUUUCAUUUUUUUGAUAGAUUUCAGGUCAUAAUUAUUUCCAAAGAGAAGGACUGUGGGAGAGUGAGUUUGUAAAUAAUAUGAAGUCAGGGCCGAUUGGAUCGAUGCUGUGUUUCUCCUGUGACUCUCCUGAUGUGUGUCUUGAAGGCGCCUGCUGUCUCUGUGUUUCUGGAUGUCCGUCUCGUGUCGUCUCGUGCAUUUCUCUGAAUGUACUCACUCGCCUGUCGCUCACACAACAACAGAAGCAUGGCACAUCCCUAUGGAAUGCAGUUCUUACGAUGUAAAUAUGUACCAAUAUAUAUAAAGAAGCUAUUUUUUGCAUGCUUUUUGUACACCUAGACAUAAUCAAAGACAAUAAAAAAGAAAAAAACUGA